UGUUUGUCAGUCCUUCGUAUGGACAUCACGUUCGACGAGACUGAUAGUAUCCGCCGGUAUUGGUAUCCGUAUAUAAGCCAUAAUAACGUUUUUUAGUGACAUCCAUCAUCAUCGAUAGCCACCAACGUCGGUCGUGCGUGCAAUUCAACACCGUAGAUGAACCCGCGGCUGCGGCACGCGCAUCCGCGAUCCCUGGUACCGUCGUUUCGCGCGUUUCGUCACUCUGUCCACGAGCGGACGAACGGCGCGGCGAGAUCCUUACGGACAGUGGACGAGAUGUGAAGACGUCGCCUUGGAAGCGAUGUGGCUUCCGUUGGUGCUGCUCGCCUUGAUGGCGAGCGGUUCCGCCUGUCCGUAUCUCUGCGAGUGUCAUCAGAAUGAUGUCGAGAAAAACGACGCGUCAACUUUGUUGGACGUGACGUGUCGCGAACGCGUACCCGGUCUAUCGGAGUUACCCACGGUAGUGAGAAGUUUGUCGGUGGACAGCGCCGAGGGACCGGACGUUGAUAUCCUCCUAGAUGAACUGGAAGCCGCCGACUUAGUGAACGAUGCUUCGGAUAAUCUCAAAGCGAAUGACACCUCGAAGACGAACGACACGUCGUCUUCGGAAGUGCUGCACGCUACAACGGCGCUCCUCGCGCGUUGUCUACCGUAUUUGGUCGAGUUCACAGUGACAAAUUGUUCGUUGGUGUCGUUGAAUGCGUCGUGGCACGGUCUCGAGCGCUUGAGGUCAUUAAAUUUGUCGUGCAACAACUUGCCACGGAUAAGAGACGUGCUGGUGAUCCGUGCGACGAAUCUAAGCGAGUUGGCGUGCCUAGAUCUAUCGGACAAUUCGUUAAUGGACAUCAGUGUCGAUUCUUUCAGGACGCUCGUCGGACUCGUGCGACUGAGUUUACGUAAAAACGCGAUUAGCACAGUGGACGAGGGCGCGUUUCGCGGUCUCGAUCGACUGGAAUUUCUCGAUCUAUCCGACAACAGGUUGGCGGACUUGCCGGAUAACGCGCUCACGCCACUAUACUCCUUGCAGAAACUCGAUCUCAGCGGUAACCAGCUGCAAGUUCUGGGCGCCAGGUGGUUCGAAAGUCUCGACAGAUUGAGGGAACUCGAUGUUUCGCGAAAUGGAUUAGCCAGAGCGGCUUCGGGAACGCUGCAACCGUUAUCGGGACUAUCUAUUCUAAGGCUAGCGGAAAAUCCGCUAAAAGAGAGAGACGUAUCUCUAUUAUUGGGUACUGGAAGGAGAUUGGAGACGGUAGACGCGUCCCGCACUGGAUUAGCGCGAGUUCCAGCCGCUUUAACGAGAUCGGUCAGAGCACUUAGACUCGCUGGUAACAGACUGACUACCAUUCGCAGCGGUGACUUGGAUAGCUAUCCUCUGUUGCGUAUGUUGGAUAUUGCUGAUAACCGUUUGGUGGAUAUCGAGAAUGACGCUUUGGGACGACUGGAAGUUUUGGAAGAACUCGAUCUAUCAGGAAAUGUACUUUCGAAGGUACCGGACAGUUUACCGAACAGCCUGGUGAUGCUUAAAUUGCAGCGAAACAUCAUAACUGCAUUGAAAUUCGAUGAUCUCAAUGGUCUAUACAAUCUGCGAUCGUUAAUGUUGAACGAUAAUGCCAUCAGUGAAAUCGAUGUGGGCGCGCUCGGUCAACUGCCUUUGCUCGCCGAGCUGGAUUUAUCCAAUAAUCCUAUCAAAGUGUUAUCAACUAAUACUCUAAGUGGACCGAGUAAUCUGACAAAGCUGCGAAUGUCAGGACUAACGGCGCUUCAACGACAUCAGGAAGAACAAAGCGACAUGGCGUUUCCGGUACCGACUCCAGAACAUUUGGUAAUGUUAGAUGUGUCGCGUAGUCCGGUUCUUGCUAGGCAGUUACUGGCGGAUGAUGCUGCACUAUCUGCCUGCAAAAGUCUGACAGAGCUGAACCUCUCGGCGACCAACAUCAGCACCGUCAGAUCCGACGUCGCGUACAUGUUGCCGCAGCUGCGCGUUCUUAGACUCGGUAAGAACAAUUGGAACUGCACGGAAGAUCUCUACUGGUUGGGCGAAUGGAUCAGACAACACCGCGAACCGAAUCAACAAUACCAAACAGCGCGAUGUUCAAAUCCGCGGAAACUGGCGGGAUUAUUUUUGCACGAACUGCCAUCGCCGUCAAAUUUCGUUUCCACAACCGCGGGAAUCAUCGCGACAGCGGCUGCAAGCACCUCGGUUACCCUAUCUGUCGUCUUCACGCUCGAACAUACGUCGAAUACUGAUCAGCCAAACGUCACGGUGUCUUCCAAUAUCGACGAUGCGAAUUCUGACGGUAACAUCACGGAUCUUCUCACGCUAUCUUCCGUAAACGCGAAAACCGAAUCAAAAAUGGUAGCUGACUCAGAUUUUCUCUCCAUCUCGGAAACCGUCACCGCAACGGCGUCAUCGAAAAAAACGGCGUCACCGCGAGUCUAUGAGGCGCCAACAUCCUUCCGUAACGUAACGUCGUCAAUCACGAUGCGGACGAGCGGAGAACCGGAUCGAAAGAGCAAUAAAACAAAUCGUAUCUCGAUGGAUCAGAAUUUAAUCAAGCACAUCGUCGUCCCAGCCUCUCGAGCACCAAACGACCCCAAGCUAUCCAUUAUGAGAAUAGAAGACGCGGAGUCGCGUUCGCAAACUUUCGAUAACCGAGCCGACGGUGGGACGCGAAAAAACGAUAAGAUGAGGAAAGUUGCCGCGUCAGGCGUCGGCGAAAUCUUCUCGUCGGGCUCUUCGAACGUGGGAAGGAAAACGAUCGAGAAGCACACGAACAGCAUGAGUAAUGUGACGAAGGCAAACGCAGUGUUGGACGAGCGCGAUUCGAAAACGAUAGCGGAAGAAUUGAACAGUCGAGUGACCGAUUCUGGUGCUAGAAUAUCGGAAGCUUUAUCUGCCGGUGCCCAUCCCGGAAUGUUGGUGUUAGUCGGCGCGGCCCUCGGCGCCGUCGCGGCGCUGACCGUCGUACUCUCACGAAGAGCAACGGUGCAUCGGACGGACAGGUAUCAUCGUCACGAGAAUAUCGAAGUGCACACUCUCACGCCUACUGCGGAGCUUUGGUGACCAGAAUCGGAACACGUCCGAUUGUUUGAGAGAGACAGGCGACUGGACGUCGAGAAUCGUGACCGAGAAGCAUCGAUGCUGCCUCAACAAUCGACUAGUCCACGGUUGAUCGAUGUGUGUUUGAGGAAGAUUCUCAAGUAACCUACAGUAUCGACACGCAUCCUAUUAUUGCAUCGACAUCUAAAUGGAUAUACCAAGGAGAGGUACAAUAACUAAAGUAUUAAUAGAGAGUUGGGAGAGAAUCCCUCCUGACUAUGGAAGCCAUGGGGAGAGGACGAGCGACUAAACGUCGAAGUUGGGAACGAGAUAUUCCGAGCUAAUCCGUAUCGCUUCGGAAACCGCCAAUACGUCGCGGAUUACUAGGGGACAAUAUCGGAAAAAAUAAGAAAUUAUUCGAACGUGACAUAAAACUUCUACAAUCUGAAAAGGACAAAAGGAAGGCGGACAACUGUUGUGAAAUUAUCACGAUUAUCGUAAAUCUGCAAUACAAUAAUUAGGGACAUAUAUUGAUAUAAAUUCUAUCAGAUCUAAAGUUUAUACAGAUAUAAACAAGUGUUACUUAUAAAAUCAAUCUCUGUAAUCACGUAUCUGGCUUAUCGAGUUCUUUGAAAAUCGCGUGUGGCUCAAUAUGUAAAGUCAUCCAGAUGUCGAUAAAACGGUAUAAUAUCUACUCGAUGGAAAGAAUACUCGACGACACUGUUCAAACUCCAUCAACGGCGGAGAUGUAGACGUGAAGUACUGUAACCAAGACGUUAAAAGCACGAGCGAGAAUCACCGCGUUAUUUCAUAUAAAUUCUGACAUAUACAAACACAUCUGGUGCUGUACAUGUCGUCCGUCGGGAAAUACUGGACGCGUACUACGAACGAAAAACUCGGGGGAAAAGACUGUAAAAAAAUUCGAAACUAUUUCGACAUACAUCGCGGUGGAUCAGCAUCGCGCAAAACCUCAAUCUCCUUCGUAAUAAACACGAAUUGUAGAAGGAAAAGUACGAACAAAAAAUUAUAUACGGAGUUAUUCGCGUGAGAGAACUCUAAAUCCGUCAAAACCCUUUGAGAUUGGGUUUGAUGUUCUUCUGAUUUCGGUAUCGCACAUAAUGCAAUCAUUGUAACGCGUCAUAAUCGAGUGGCAAUAACCACAAGCGAGCGGAUUUAACAAUUAAGCUGAUUGACUUGGAAUCAGACCGAUAAAAUGGACAUAGUGACAAUAAUAAUGGUUACACGCCGCGUCUCAAGAGUUUCACUCUUUGCGGUACGCUCAAUUCCUGAGAAGACUAUAUUGUGACUGAAAUGAAGUGCGAGUGUAAUAAAAGUAGGAAGAGAGUAUAAGGCUAGCAAAAGAUAGAAAAACAUGGACGUGGUAGAAAAGCAGGUAGGGCAACGCCGAAAUGCAGAAUGUAGGAGAUGAAAAAUUCGCGGUGGCAAAUAGUAUGCUUGAAUGAUAAAACCAGACGGAAAGCCAGAGAGAGUGUUAGACGGAAGAAUUUUUAUCAAAUGGCAUGUGCGUGUAUGAGAGAUCGAGAGAAUCGAGCGUAAGAGAAAAAGAGAGAAGGGAGAUUAAUUCGAGAAAUCGUUCUCGAAUGCAGCAAAACGGGAUGUACAGAAAUAUUGCUUCCGUACUUAAUUUCACUAAGCUUGAUGAGAUGUCAAGACUUCUCAACAAAUACAAAAAUGAAAGAAAAGAUGCUUGCGAGACAGAAAGAGAGAGAGAGAGAGAGAGAGAGAGAGAGAGAGAGAGAGAGAGAGAGUGUGUGUGUGUGUGUGUGUGUGUGUGUGAGAAAGCAAAUAGACAAAAAUAGCGAAGAGGCUAAAUAUUAUCUUUCUUAAAAUAACCAGUGUCAAAGUACCGCUAUAAUAAUAAACCAAUGUACAAAGAUCCAUGUUCA